ACCACGACCACCAGCCGCUAGCUAUAAGACUCCUUCUUGGCCAGUAUCCUUGACUGGAACUCUCCUUGUCUCUGCACUUCACUGGAAUAGCGGCAUCUCGCAGCAGCAGCAGCAGCAGCAGCAGCAAGCUAGCAAACACCAUCCCCAAACAAGGCGCGUCACCGUUACACAAGCAAUGAUCGCCACACUGCUCGCCCUCGCGGCAGCCUUGUCUACAGCAGCAGCAGGGCUCUCUGCCGAUAAUGUUGUGUCCUCUCCGGAUAUGUACAUUCGUGUGCCACUCACAAAGCAAGACACCGUUCUGGGCACCACCACAGCCAUGCGCAAGCGCCAGGCGCAGCCAUUUGCAAACGGCUCACUCACCAUCACGCCGCGCUACUCCAGCUACACGGCAAACUUGACGGUCGGCUCACCAGGCCAGACGUUGCAGCUGAUUUUGGAUACCGGGUCACCCUUGACCUGGGCGAAUGCCGCCAACAUCUCCAACUUUGUCCCCGGCGAUACGCCUGCACAAGCAGCGCGUCGUGGGCAGCGCACGACCAUCUGCCAGCAAGCGAGUUGCUUCAACCCAAAUGCGUCAAGCACCAACACAGUGCCCGGCAACUCGUCCGUCUUCCAAAUCGCCUAUGUCGAUGGUACUACCUCGAUUGGCCGCGUCGUACAAGACACGGGGACGUUUCUCGGUUUGACAGACACUACGUUUGAAUUUGGCUUGGUGGAGUACAGCUACAGUCCCGGCAGUCUUGAGCCUAUUGGUGGUAUAAUUGGCAUGUCGCCACAAGCGCCCGUUCAAGGCUUCUCCUCCAUUGCCGGUGCCUUGCAACAACAAGCCGCGUCCAUCUACACACCACAGACAAUUCAGCAGCAGCUCAAAAAUGCAGGACAAAUCCUAACAGAGGCCUUCUCACUCUUCCUGGACGAUGAGUACUCUGGCGAGCUGCUCCUCAGUGGUGUUGACGCAGGCCGUUACUCUGGUCCGCUCAUCAUGGUACCUAUUGUGGACGAUGCAACAGAGCUCGGUUCUCGCUUCUCGGUCUCUCUUGCAGCAUUGGGCAUCAAUAAUUCAUCCACAACUGUUGCCCCCAGUACGGCACUUGCACCAACCCUUGAUUCCGGUACGACAUCGACCUAUAUUCCAGCCGAUUUGCUCGCUGCCAUUGCACGAGGUCUUGGGGCAAAUGUGAUUGAUACCUCGUCUGGUUCUCUCAUGGCGCUGCCUUGUACACAAACAACAAACCAAACAAUCGACUGGUACUUUGCCAACAAUGCCAAGAUCCGGAUUCCGCUCGCCGCCAUGCUCGAUGGUGUUUAUCCCUCUGCGGCUGGGUCUUCCUUUGGCUUUCCAGGCCGUCAAGUGUGUGUUGUUUCGUUGUUUGGCGUGCAACCAACUGCAGACGCAAGCUAUAUCCUCGGCGAUUCCUUCUUGCGCUCUGCCUAUGUCGUUUAUGAUGAACCCAACGGUCUCAUUGGACUUGCGCAAAGUGCGUAUGACGGCGUUUCACAGAUAAGUCCCAUUCAACCCGGUGCAUUCGGUGUGCCUGGUGCCGUGUAUAACCGCUCUUCACCAGGUGCUGCAGCUGUUGCAUCGAUUCCAUCCAUUUCAAGGACCGUUAUUCUCGGUGCAACGAGUGUUCAGCGAUCCGGUGCCGGUGGGACGGGUACCCCUGCUGCAGCUGCAGGUGGUGCAGGCUCAGCAACCACAACGAGUCGUGCGGCGGGCAUGUCGCUCUCGAAGCAAGCGCCGUUGCAGCGUCGUAUGCAUGGAUGGGAGGCAGGUCUUCUUGCUAGCUUGGUCGGUGCUGUAUGCAUGGGUCUUGCGUUAUAGACGAGGACAUUUCAUUUCUUCAUAGUUUCUGCAUGUAUCUCAUUAAAAAUCUGUCAUUGCUU